AAAAAAAAGAAAAAAAAAAAGGAAAUUAUUAGAGGGGUGCAAAAACCAAUUCGUUCGGACUGGUUCGGCUAGGGUUUGCUGAGAUAAAACUCACAGUUUCAAGUUCGAGAGUCGAAGCUGCUUUUCAAGAUUCAAAGCCUUCGGAACCAAACAAUAUGUACGGAUCGAGAGGGGCAAUGUUGGGAGGCGGGGGGUUAUCGGACGUGUACGAGGUCGGCUCAAAGAGACCAAGAAUGAUGGAAUCAAAUCCCUACUUCGCAGUUGGCAGCAGUGCAAGGGGAUUUCAACCUUUCGGUGGCUAUGGUGGUGGCUUCCAACUUCCUGCUUUUCCCGUGGUCCGUCUUAGGGGGCUUCCUUUCAACUGCUCGGACAUUGACAUCUUCAAGUUCUUUGCUGGACUGGAUAUUGUGGAUGUGUUGCUGGUCAACAAGGGUGGACGCUUUUCAGGAGAGGCCUUUGUUGUCUUUGCUGGACCUUUGCAGGUUGAGUUAGCUCUUCAAAGAGACCGGCAGAACAUGGGGCGUAGGUAUGUUGAAGUUUUCACAUGCAAGAGGCAGGAUUACUACAAUGCUGUUGCAGCAGAGGUCAGCUAUGAAGGGAUUUAUGAUAAUGAUUUUCAAGGAAGUCCUCCUCCACCUAAAUCGUCAAAGCGGUUCAAUGAUAAGGAGAAAAUGGAAUACACUGAGAUAUUGAAGUUGCGUGGUCUACCUUUCUCUGUAAAAAGAUCUCAAAUUAUUGAUUUUUUUGGAGAUUUCAAGGUCAUUGAAGAUAGAGUACAUAUUGCUUGCCGCCCAGAUGGAAAAGCUACCGGAGAGGCAUACGUGGAGUUUGUUUCUGCAGAAGAGGCUAAAAAGGCGAUGUCCAAGGACAAGAUGAUGAUUGGUUCCAGGUAUGUGGAGCUGUUUCCAUCAACACCAGAUGAAGCUAGACGGGCAGAAUCCAGAUCAAGGCAGUGAUGAGGCACUGUGAACAUGGUUGCUAAUGUUUCAAUCUUUUUGUGAUAUUUCUAUUGUGGUGCUGAAACAUCUCUCUAUUUAGGUUAUAUACAAACAAUAUUUUCUGUAAUCUUUCAAAUGGUUGAAUUGAAGUUUUGAUUUACUCUA